UCAUCGUUCUUCUUCCAUGGUGGCUUCAAACAUCACACACUAAAAUCCAAAUCUACAAAAUCACUCCCAAUUCGAAACCCUAACCGAUGUCACAAAUGGCAAGAAGAUCCACACAACUCCUCAAACACCUCAUAUCUCCCCGAUCGGAGUCGUCCCUCGGUUCCAAGCGAUGGGUAACCUAUAUGCAUCGUCCCGGCGACGGAACACCGCGUCCCGUAACAAUGAUCCCCGGGGACGGGAUCGGACCUCUUGUAACCGGAGCGGUUGAACAGGUGAUGGAAGCGAUGCACGCGCCUGUUUAUUUCGAGAAAUUCGAUGUGCACGGCGAUAUGAAAGCUGUUCCCACGGAGGUUCUUGAAUCGAUCCGGAAGAAUAAGGUUUGUCUGAAAGGUGGAUUGGUGACUCCUAUGGGUGGUGGUGUUAGUUCGCUUAAUGUUCAGCUUAGGAAGGAGCUUGAUCUGUAUGCGUCGCUUGUUAAUUGUUUUAAUCUUCCGGGAUUGCCUACGAGACAUGAUAAUGUUGAUAUUGUAGUCAUUAGGGAGAAUACUGAAGGGGAGUAUGCUGGUCUUGAACAUGAGGUUGUCCCGGGUGUCGUCGAAAGCCUGAAGAAGGAAGCUCAUCAAGGAGAAGACAUUUCUCUCUCUUCCCAAACCUCUCAGGUGAUUACAAAGUUCUGUUCUGAGCGUAUUGCAAAAUAUGCAUUCGAGUAUGCUUACCUCAAUAACAGAAAGAAAGUGACUGCUGUCCACAAAGCAAAUAUAAUGAAGCUUGCAGAUGGUUUGUUCUUGGAAUCCUGUCGAGAGGUUGCCACCAAGUAUCCUGGAAUUAAGUAUAACGAAAUUAUUGUGGACAAUUGCUGCAUGCAGCUUGUUUCGAAGCCUGAGCAAUUUGAUGUCAUGGUUACCCCAAAUCUGUAUGGAAAUCUUGUUGCAAAUACUGCCGCAGGUAUUGCUGGAGGCACUGGAGUCAUGCCAGGAGGUAAUGUUGGGGCUGAGCACGCAGUGUUUGAACAGGGUGCUUCAGCAGGAAAUGUUGGUAACGAUAAAAUAGCGGCCCAAAAAACAGCCAACCCAGUGGCACUUCUUCUCUCAUCAGCUAUGAUGCUUAGGCAUCUCCAGUUUCCUGCAUUUGCUGACCGUUUGGAAACUGCUGUUGAAAAAGUCAUUCUAGAGGGCAAGUAUCGGACAAAAGAUCUCGGAGGUAAAAGCACCACCCAAGAAGUUGUCGAUGCAGUAAUAGACGCCUUAGAUUGAUUCAUUAAGUUGCUGAUUUCUCAAAUGCAAGUCAGCUUUGCAUAAUCUUUUCUAGUUAAUUUUAUCAACAUUGUUGUCCAUCCAACAAAUUGGAAAUAGCAAUUUUUGUCGUGAAUAAUGUUUAUGCAACACAGAAAAUGAUGUACUAUUAUUUUUUCAACUGAAGAACAAAGAGAGUGUGAUAAGUGGUUCCCACUUCUAUUUAA